ACCCUCUUCCCGAGCCGCGAAACACUUAUCUUCAAGCUUGGGCCUAUACCGCGAAUCUCAAACGCCCCAAAAAUGGCUCUGCUUUCUCCAUGCACAUUUUCUUCUUCGCUUUCCCGGCAAAAUUUCCCGACCAAAUUGGCAGAUUUCCGGCGUAAUUAUCCGAAAUUCCGCCGUGGAAUUACGCUAUCCGAACUCCAGACUUCUGUUGGAGUUUCCGCUCGAGUCGGCGGUGGCUCGUCGGAAAUUCCGACGCACAAGGUCACUGUCCACGAUCGACAACGAGGAGUAGUUCAUGAGUUCGUGGUUCCUGAGGAUCAGUACAUAUUGCACACAGCUGAAUCUCAAAACAUUUCUCUUCCAUUUGCUUGCAGGCAUGGUUGCUGUACUAGUUGCGCAGUACGUGUAAAAUCUGGGCAGAUCAGGCAGCCAGAAGCACUGGGGAUAUCAGCUGAACUGAAAUCCAAGGGAUAUGCUCUUCUUUGCGUGGGUUUCCCAUCAUCCAACCUUGUAGUAGAAACACAAGAUGAGGACGAGGUAUACUGGCUGCAAUUUGGAAGAUACUUUGCUCGUGGGCCGAUCGAAAGAGACGAUUAUGCGCUUGAACUAGCCAUGGGAGAUGAAUAGAACAGACACAUCAGAGCCCAGUUCUGAGACAUUCUGUGUCCAAAAAACGUGAGUUUUAUUUUUUGUACUGUUAUCCUCGAGAUCUCUUAGCUUAUAUACAUACAUAUAUGUAUAUGCAUUUGCAUGUGUUUUUGAGCAAUCAUCCAUGGUUGUGUCCGGAAGGGAAAAAAAUGAAUCAAUGCUAUAUCGGUCCACAUGAAAUGGCAUCUCAUUCGGAUA